UCAGGUUUGUUGACAACCAUAUAACUUUGUGUCUCUCACAAUUGCAAUUAACAAAGAAAAUAUGAUUUGUUGUUGUUUGGAAUCAUGACACCAUUUCUCUUCAAUGAACACAGUCAUUCUUCGGAAUGAAAUAGGUUGGUUUGAACAACCAAAGAACAGCGUCGGCUUUCUAACCUCACGUAUCAUCGGUGACACCUCCAUGAUUAAAACCAUCAUAUCUGAUCGGAUGUCUCUCAUUGUCCAAUGUAUCUCUUCAAUUGUAAUAGCCACAGUGUUGAGCACAGUAGUGAACUGGAGGAUGGGUCUUGUUGCAUGGACUUUGAUGCCAUUCCACUUCUUUGCUGGCCUUGUACAAGUCAGGUCCGCAAAAGGUUUUGCCACUGACUUCUCUACAUCUCACCGGAAGCUAAUUUCCCUUACUUCAGAGGCUGUCAGCAAUAUUCGAACCGUGGCAUCAUUUGUUCAGGAAGAUGAAAUACUAAAGAAAGCAGACUUAUCACUCCAAGAACCAAUGCGUACAAGCAGAGUAGAAAGCAUCAAAUAUGGUGCAGUACAAGGGACUUCCCUCUGUUUGUGGCAUACGACACAUGCCAUUGCAUUGAGUUUCACCAUCAUGCUACUUGAUAAAAACCUCUCAUCAUUCAAAGAUUGUGUACGAUCAUACCAAGCAUUUGCAAUGACAAUAUCUUCCAUCACAGAGCUAUGGUCAUUGAUCCCUCUAGUCUUGUCCGCUAUCACAGUAUUGGACCCUGCACUUGACAUACUUGACAGAGAAACGCGGAUUGUACCUGAUGUUCCAGAAGUUCAUUCUGAAGAAAGAUUAGCAGGUAAUGUUGUGUUUCAAGAUGUCAGUUUCAGCUACCCCUCAAGGCCAGAAGUGAUCAUACUAGAUGGCUUCAAUCUAGAUAUUGAACCAGGGCAACAGGUGGCAUUGGUCGGCCCAAGUGGUUCAGGAAAAUCCACAGUGUUGGCUCUUCUGCUCAGAUUCUAUGAUCCUCGUUCAGGGCAGGUGCUUGUGGAUGGUAAGGACAUCCGAGACUACAAUCUGAGAUACAUGAGAAAGCACAUAGGUCUAGUUCAGCAAGAGCCAAUCUUGUUCAACUUGUCUAUUAGAGAGAAUAUCAGCUAUGGAAAUGAAGGUGCAUCAGAAUCAGAAAUAGUUGAGGCUGCAAUGGAGGCAAACAUCCAUGAGUUCAUCAGUGGCCUGUCAAAUGGAUAUGACACUGUGGUUGGGGACAAAGGAAGUCAGCUUUCUGGAGGUCAGAAGCAGCGGAUUGCCAUUGCAAGAGCUAUACUAAAGAGGCCCACCAUAAUGCUAUUGGAUGAAGCGACAAGUGCUCUAGACGGUCAAUCUGAGAUGGUGGUGAUGAGCUCCCUGCUAGCAAAAGAGUGGAAAAGCAAAGGCAGGCUUUCAAGCAAGAUCACAAGUAUCACGAUUGCACAUAGAAUGUCCACAGUCACAAGUGCGGAUGUGAUUGUCGUGAUGGAUAGAGGUCAGGUGAUUGAAUUGGGCAACCAUGAAGCAUUAAUCUCGGCAAACAAUGGUGUUUACUCCAGACUGUACCAUAUGCAAAGCAAAGGAGUCAAAGACUAAUACCAUGUGCGGCACAGAAAGUAAAAGCAACUAUAGAGUCAAGAUCUGAAGGAAGGGAGGAUCUCACUGCCAAUACAUUUGGCAAGCAUUUGAUGCCCCUAGAUAUAUGUAAAAACGUACUGCAGUUUUGCUUGUGAGAAAUAAGUUGGUUGAGUACAAAUGCCAUCAUAUAUGA